AUGGCGGUCACAUCUGGCCAAGCUUCUACGUCCACGUGGGAUACCAGCUCUGAUGUAGCACUAUUUCGUGCUAUCUCUAUAUACAGGCCGGUGGGAGAGCACCGCCAUUUUCAUAUGAUCUCGAUUUUGCAGUCGCUCGAAGCAGCUCGAGAAAGUCAAUCUCUCCCUAUUGAUACCCCACUUCAUGCAUCAGAUGUAUGGAGUAAGCUGGAAGAAUUUUAUGAAUUACAUGGCCUGAAUGAGCUGGAUGAAGGAAGUGAUGAGGAGGACGGGCCUGAGUGGAUUAGCCAGUACAAUGAGCAUGUCGCACGGCUGCAACGCAGUGAGAAAGCGCGAACACGCUAUGUGGCUGGCCUAGAUGAAGAGGAGUUUUCACUGCACCCUUACAUGGAUUUUGAUGAUCUUUUGACCUCUCGGCGUACAGAAGACGCAGAGUCGGAGGAGAGUGGUAAGACCAAGCAAAGUGCUCAAGAGGUAGUGCCGCCCUCGUCGGACGAUGAUCUCGCACAGUCUGAUUCAGAUGCAGACAUGGACACAGCUACCGAGGAUGAUAAAGGAUCUUUAUCCAAUCGUGGUGCAAGCACUACUUUGCGGCGAAAUACGCGAAAGCGUGCUCAUACUGAAACGGAUACUACGCUGCACUCGCCCAAAGACGAUGGCCAAGGCCCGCAUACGCGUGCAGGCAAGCGCCGACGCGGUGCCAAGGCCGACGACGAAGUGCAAGAAACGCCAACUAGGCCUCUUACGCGGCGCCAACAGAAACAACUGGAAGACCACGACAAGAAGAAAGACAGCAGUGGGGGGGACGAUAUGUCAGAUGCGGCUGCCGAAGAUACGCCAUCUACCGGUCUACGGUCCACAAGAUCCACACCGCUACGGCGUGCCGCCUCUUCCUUGACGAAAGCAAGUGCAAACACAAGCUUACAAGCGUCCCCUGCUCCUACACCUACGCGUUCUACGCGACCGAGGCGUCUAUAG